CCCACACACCUUUCUCUCUCUCUUUUUUCCUAUCAAAUAAAUCCAUUUUCCAUCUGGGCUUUCAUUUUUCUCUUCCGGGUUUCCCUUCAUUUUCCUUCUUCUCUCUCAAGUUCCUACCUUUUUCUCCAUCCUCUAAAAUGGAUGUUUCUUCUUUUUCUCACUAUGACACCGCCGUCCUCGCCGCCGCUGCCGACAACAACAACCACCACCUUCCCCCUGGCUUCCGCUUCCACCCCACCGACGAGGAACUCAUCACUUACUACCUUCUCAAGAAGGUUCUUGACACUAAUUUUAGUGGGAGAGCCAUUGCUGAAGUUGACCUCAACAAGUGCGAGCCUUGGGAGCUUCCUGAGAAAGCGAAGAUGGGAGAGAAGGAGUGGUAUUUCUUCAGUCUUAGAGACCGAAAAUACCCGACCGGUCUGCGAACGAACCGGGCGACGGAGGCCGGGUACUGGAAAGCAACGGGAAAAGACAGGGAAAUUUACAGUAUGAAAACAUGUUCAUUGGUAGGGAUGAAGAAAACAUUGGUGUUCUACAGAGGAAGAGCACCAAAAGGGGAAAAAAGUAAUUGGGUUAUGCAUGAAUAUCGCCUCGAAGGCAAAUUUGCUUAUCAUUACCUUUCUAGAACUUCAAAGGAUGAGUGGGUGAUUUCGAGGGUGUUUCAAAAGAGUGGCUCCGGCUGCGGUGGCGGAGGAGGCGGCGGAGCCACCUCCAGCAACGGCGGAGGUUCAAAGAAAGCCCGGUUUAUUCCUGGUUCAAUAAACGUAUACCCAGAACCAAGUUCACCGUCGUCGGUGUCUCUCCCGCCGCUGCUCGACUCAUCACUGUACUCCGCUCCGGCGACCGGCACGGCGGCGUCUGGUAACAUAACCGACCGUGACAGCUGCUCGUACAACAGCCCAACGGCAAGAGAGCACGUGUCCUGUUUCUCCACCACCACCGCUGGCGGUAGCUUUAACAUCCCAAGUUACGAUUUUGCCACUCCGCCGCCACUCCUCGCCACCGUCACCGCCGACCCAUCUCCCCGCUUCCACCGAAACAUCGGUCUGUCGGCGUUCCCAAGUCUCCGGAGCCUGCAGGAGAAUCUCCAACUCCCAUUCUUCUACUCUCCGGUCAACCUCUGUUCUCCCCCAGCGCCGCCGCUCAGCCACGGCAACGAUGUCGCCGCAUGCAACUCCGGUGGAAAUUGGGCUGUUUCCGACGAACCCAGAUCCAUGAACUCCAGUGAACUUGACUGCAUGUGGUCCUACUAAUUUUCUCUGAUCAGAUCAUCAGA